AUGUGGCCUAAAACAGGUCACACACCAGUUUUGCCUCCAAAGGGGAGGAGAAAAUUUGGAAGGCCAAAGAAGAAAAGAAUUAGGGCUCCAGAAGAAUAUUUGAAUCCAAAGGAUCCAACCAAGUUGAGAAAACUAGGACAGAACUCAGUUUACUGUAGAAGGUGUGGGAAACAUGGCCACAACCGGAGAACUUGCACCACACCCUUGCCUGAGGCUAAUGGAACCAUUAUACAAGCAAGGGGGAGAGGAAUUAGUGUGCAGCCAAGUGCUAGGGGGGGUUCUGUGCAACCAAGGGGCAGAGGAACUAGUGUGCAACCAAGGGGCAGAGGAACAAGUGUGCAACCGACGGGCAAUGGAACAAGUGCAAGGGGUAGAGGAGGGGGUGUGCAGCUUAGGGGCAGGGGAAAUAGUGUGAAGACAAGAGGUGGGGGAAUUGUGCAACCAAUAGGCAAGGGAACUAGUGUCAAUAUAAGAGGUGGAGGAAGUGGCAGGGGAAGUGGUGUGAAGACAAGAGGUGGGGGAGUUGGAGUGCAACAAAGAGGCAGAGGAAGUGGUGUGAAGACAAGAGGUGGGGGAGUUGGAGUGCAACAAAGAGGCAGGGGGAAUGGCAUCAAGGUUAGGGGUGGAGGAGUUGGCAUGCAGCCAAGGGGCAGAGGCAUUCAGGUUAAUGUCCCUUCUAACUAUGCACAAGCCACACAAGGAUCACAAGCUUCAAAUAUCACUUCAGUUACAACUCAAACCUUAGGAAGUGGGUUUGGCAGCACCAACAAAUGGGAAAGUCAUAACUGGGAUGCCUUCUGUAGGACUUCCCACUAUCAGAUUUCCUGGACACCAAAUGCCCCAUUGAUGAAGAAGGUGCUAGUGAUAUAG